GUGGGUUACGUUCAUUUUUGUAUAUCGCGAUACUAAUCUCCUAAAGCCAGUAUUAUUGCAGUUGCAAGCGCCGUUGUUCUCUUUCUUACCUACGUGCGCGCUCUUGAUAUUUUGUUCUUAGCGCUGCUGCUUGGAUGAAAAUGGCGGGUGAGGUUGGAAAUGGAGAUGAAAUGACACUGCCAGUUGGGAAGGCGGAAGUUGAUCGCGUGAUCCAGGAGAACAAAGAGCUAUUCUCUGACACCCUAUGUAAAGUUUGCAGUGCUGUUCUGAUUUCAGAAUCUCAGAAACUUGCACAUUACCAGAGCAAGAAGCAUGCAAACAAAGUUCGCCACUACAUGUCUAUUCACCAAGGAGAAGAAUUUAGUGCACCAAAAAAGAUGAAAAUGGACACUGUUAAUAAGGAAAGCACUGAUGGAGAAGAGGACAAAAACAAGUACUGUACCCUCUGCAAUAUGGCCUUUUCUUCACCAGUUGUUGCUAUGUCCCAUUAUGAAGGGAAAAAACACUCUAAGAGUUUGAAGAUGAAGGAACAGGGAGGUGCAUCAGAUGUGAUUCAUGUAGAUGCACCAGUGGCAAAGAAGAUCACGCCAGCAGCUGCUAAAACUGAAGAAAGGGUGGUGGAUAAGUCUGACCCCGAGAAGUAUUGCAAGAUCUGUAGUGUUUCUUUCACCAACCCUCAAAUGGCACUACAGCAUUAUGCGGGCAAGAGACAUAAGAAACAGGAGACCAAAAAUAAAUUGAUAUCCGUAUAUAGUAGUGCUGGAAAUACUCCACGUCCUGCUAAGAAGAAAAACGCAGAUUCUCCAUUAGCUGGGAAAGGGUACUUCUGUGAUACCUGUAAACUUGAACUGAACUCAAUAGAACAGUACCAAGCUCACAUUAGCGGAUUUAAACACAAGAAUCACUCAAAGCCCUCAACUUUUGGCUCAUCGUACAAAAGCUAUUCUUCAUUUAGAGGUGGUUCAACAGGUGGAGGAGGCUAUCUGUCAUCGGGAACCUCUUUAUCAGUUGGAACAUCCUCACUACUGGGAGGAAUUUCCACCAGGAGUAGUCUACUGUCUGCACCUUAUUCUGCAUCUUCCUUCAAGCCAUCUUUUACCCUAGAUAACAGAAAGGGACCUGAACAACAUAGCUAUUUAAGCAGAGAAGGAGGGAUGGAACCUGAGCACUAUGGCUAUAUAAGCCGAGAAGAAAGGGUGGUGUCUGAUGAUUACAACUAUUCAGCCAUGGACGGGAGGAUGGGAACGGAUUACAAUUAUUAUAGCCGAGACUACUAGAUCAGUCUAGCCUUGGUCACAAGCAAGAAAUGUGAUGUUAAUAUUGUCCCAACAAUUCCCUCUUUGCAUACCUGUCUCCCUGCAUUGCACACUUAGAAUAUCUGCAUUUUUAAUGUACUAAUUAGAUAUGUGCUUUGAAUACUUUUGAAGUGUAUUUUUCUUUCUCUUAAAUAUUUUUUUUUUUUUUUUUAAUUCAAUCCUUUCUCAGUUUGAGGGUGGAUUUUGCGUUCUCUACAUGCGGUGUGCAUAUGUUUCUAUAAAUAUUAAUGAAUAAACUCCUGCAUUUGUUACAAUUUUAGAAAAGAAAAACAUAGCCCAUACAUAAUUUACUCAUCCUAAUAGAAUCUGGAUCAAAAUUGUCAAGAUAAAUAUGCAAAGUGCAUACAGUUUAGCUAUGUCAUCUUGCAUUAGUCAAUUUUAAAUUUCUGUUCUGCUGUUUUGUUGUCUAUAGUAUAUUUUUUGCAAUAGGCUUAAAUAUGUUUUGGUAUAAACAAAUUAACAUUUA